AUGUCACUCCACAUGGCCGAAAAUCGACAUGGAGUCAUUAUUAAAAGUCCACGGCUCGAUACUAACAUCGCCAACCUCAGAGACAUCGAGGGCGCGAAGAGUAAAAUGAAGGAGAUCGUCAUCACCGCAGUAUCCUCUUCGCCUUCUUCCGCUUCUCCUUUCAGGCGGCCUACAUCUCCCGCCUCAUCACACACAAUUAACAAUACCCGAUCAUCUUCAGCAGAGCCCGCCAAGCCCAAGCGAAAGAACACCCGAGGUGUUUCUACCCUGACUCCCCCACAGCUUGCCCGCAAGAGAGCCAACGAUCGGGAGGCACAGAGGGUCAUUCGCGCCCGCACCAAGGAGCACAUCGAACAGUUGGAGCACGAGUUGGAGGAGCGCAAGAGGAAGCAGAGCUGCGACCAGACCGUUCAAGAGCUAUUGCGCCGCAACAAAGCGCUCGAAGAAGAGCUGGUGCGACUCAAGGAGAACAUGGGAGUGCCAAUGACUUCAUCUUAUUCUGCAUCAGGUGUAGCCCCACGACCGCUCUCAUCACCAGACGAGCUCUUGUUAACGUCUACCGUCUACGACGGCAACCUUAGCACUGGUAGCGAUGCUACUCCUGGCCCUCGUGGAUCCCCAUUCUCUAGCGACUACAGCUCCCUCCCGAACUAUAGCCAACAAUACGUCCCCCUACCCAACAACUGCGAACCCUGGCCGAGCCCCAUCCCCUGCCCUGUCCACUCCAUCGUCUCGAACCCAUCAUCAUUAGCCGACGACCAUGUCUUUAUCCCAGACGACGUGCCCACCUCGAUCCUCACCCGCAACAAUACCAACUCCUUAAGCAUCAGCGCCAUGGGCCAUAAGGACGUUGCCAAGGUGGAGUAUGACGGCGUGGAUCAUCGCGGUACCGUUUCUCAACGACUUCCUCUACCCAACGUGAGACCUGGAGAGGAGGUUUGUCACAUUCCGUGUUUAGACGCCGGAUUCCGCCCGAGCAAUCCUCCACUGCAACCCGGCACUCCCCAUUCUCACCCCUACAUGGCGCAUCACCAGCAGCAGCAGUGCGCCUGGAAUGUGUAUCCCAUGUAA